CGUUCUUUUGCACAUUUUUCCAACAGCAGAAAGAUGGCCACGUACGCUCUGCAGCAAAGGCUGCUUCAGCCGACCGCCGGCGUCCGCCGGUGCCCGGCCCCAUUCAGGCCGGUUGUCCCCAGCCGGCUGCAGCGCCUGCAGGACAUCGUGGUGCACGCAGCAGCCGUUGAGGAGUAUGAGGAAGUGGAAGUCGCAGCGUCCAACAAGCAGCAGAACCAGCGCCGCGAGAAGCCUCGCUCAAGGCGCUUUAAGGAUAUGCAGAAGAAGACUCCUGGCCGCACUUCUGAACUGGACCCCAAGGAAGCGAUUAAGCUCUUGAAGCAGACUGCUUCUACGAAAUUCACAGAGAGCGUGGAAUUCCACGCCCGUAUGGGCCUGGACCCGAAAUUCUCAGACCAGCAGCUGCGCGCCACUGUCUCGCUGCCAUGUGGAACCGGCAAGGAGCUUCGUGUGGCUGUUCUGACCCAAAAUGAUAACUUGCGCCUUGCCAAGGAGGCUGGCGCCGAUGUUGUGGGCGCUGACGACCUUAUUGAGAAGAUUAGCGGCGGCUUUAUGGAGUUUGAUAAGCUGAUCGCUACGCCGGACAUGAUGCCUAAGGUAGCCAAGCUUGGUCGUGUGCUGGGCCCACGUGGCCUUAUGCCGAACCCCAAGGCCGGGACGGUCACGACGGACGUCGCCGGGACUGUCAAGGACUUCAAGGGCGGCAAGGUGGAGUACCGUUUGGACAAGACGGGGAACCUGCACGUCCUGUUCGGGCGCGCGGACUUCAAGGAGGACGACCUCAUCUUCAACCUCAAGGCUGUGCAGGAGUCCAUUGACGCCAACAAGCCGUCAGGCGCCAAGGGUGUGUACUGGAAGAGCAUGUACGUGUGCACCACCAUGGGGCCCUCGUUGCGGCUGAGCGUCUCGGCCCUCCAGAACACUAAGGGCAAGCAGGAGUAAGCGCGCAGGCCGGCACUCGGUUGUCUUAGCUAGGCCACGCAGUCGCGUCUUCGCGACGUCGGAGGAAUGCUAGCAUGGCUGGGUUAGUCCUUGCAGGGCAGGCCAUCUGGAAUGGCAUACAAAUCGGCGGUGCGGGGCGCAGCUUGGGCAGGCGGAUCCUCCCCGCGUGCUAUUGUGCACCGAUUUUGACGAGGGACCCCCUAAUACCCUUUCGGGGGGAGGAGGGGCGGUGGGCUCUCAGGAGGAUCCAAUCGAGUCCGGCUUAUUGCGAAGGGUGGGCUCGAACCUAAUAGAGUAUGAUGUGCAGCGCACUUGUGCUUACAAGGUUGCGCGUGCAUCUGGGGCACGGGGCUUGGGCUUUUCCUCCAGGAACCCGAGCCUGUGUUGCACAGCGCGCUGCCGUGCUGCAAGGUUCCCCGAGGACUUGGUGGGAUACUGAUUUAAAGUAGGACUGCUGAUUGAAGGGUGUGACAAGGUAGACAUGGUGGCCAAUGACCGAUUGGUUCUGCCUUGGCAGCAGCAAGUGCUAUAAGGUAGGUAGGCCGUCGAGGCAUUGGCAGGAAGCGUGGCGGUGUUGUUGUGGGACCGGUGACGUCCCCCCAGGUAUUUUGUCCCUGCCGUGAGAACAUCGCCGCUUGUAACCGUGGCGUGUCAUUGAGAACGCAAACGCCGCUCAGCUUACUGACUGACAGCAAGCGUGGUGGCCCGGGGGAAAGUGCACAUGCAGAUGCAACUCCCGCACUUGCCUUUUGUAAGCAGUGGUACCUGG